GGGUGUGUGCUGUGGAGGCUGUGGCGGGAUUGGCUCCGCGUCGGGGCUGGUCCUGUGUUCCCCACCUACCAGGGUUGGACCGAGCCCUUUCUCUCGGGGCGGGGACCUCCCAGCGGCUGACUCCUUCGCAGAUCCGCUGGGGAGGACACCGUCCUAAGUCGAGGAGGCGGGGCCGGGGCCUCCUUGGCUUCGAUCCUGAAAGCGCAAAGGAGAGCGCUGGUCACGGUCCGCCCUCUCUGGUCCGGAGUAGUUUGGGGUCGCACCCUAGAGGCUGCACGGAGUCACACCCAGCGAUGGACGUUGCGGGAAAGAGAACCUAUUAAGUGGGGUGGUCAGGGCCGACUGGACGUGAUACAUUGAGGCUGUCUGAGCAGUUUCUACUUUCCCUUCUCCUAGCAGAAGACACAAAUUGUGAAAAUAGCGACUCAGUAUCAUGGCCAGCAGCCUUAAUGAGGAUCCAGAAGGAAGCAGAAUCACUUAUGUGAAAGGAGACCUUUUUGCAUGCUCCAAAACAGAUUCUCUAGCCCAUUGUAUCAGUGAGGACUGUCGCAUGGGCGCUGGGAUAGCUGUCCUCUUCAAGAAGAAAUUUGGAGGGGUGCAGGAGCUGUUAAAUCAACAGAAGAAGCCUGGAGAAGUGGCUGUCCUGAAGAGAGAUGGGAGAUACAUAUAUUACUUGAUCACAAAGAAACGGGCGUCACACAAGCCAACUUAUGAGAACUUACAGAAGAGCUUAGAGGCCAUGAAGUGCCACUGUCUGAAGAAUGGAGUCACCGACCUUUCCAUGCCCAGGAUUGGAUGUGGUCUUGAUCGCCUGCAAUGGGAAAAUGUAUCUGCGAUAAUUGAGGAAGUGUUCGAGGCAACAGAUAUCAAAAUUACGGUGUACACACUGUGAGCAAAUGAAGAGCAUUUGGAUGUGUCUGUGUCUCCAGUGUCUCCAGUGCCUACCUGGCCCUAAGACGGUCAGCUGACCUGAGAAUGGGGAGAGGGAUUUUACAGGAAGUACUCAGGGUCACAGAUCAGGCUGGGGUUGCUGGAUUUUCAUAUUUGGACUAGGACUCUGAGGAGGGAUUGCGUGGGGAUGUUGCUGUGUUUUUUGCAGCAGGGUCAGGAGUCGAUGGCCUGAUGUUAGCCAGGAAAACCGGAUGGCGGGACCGCACGCAGUAUGUUCUGCUCCACUAUAGUAUUCAAUUCCUUGGCCGGCCACUAGGUGGCAGCACUGACUCCAUUUCUCUGCUUUUUGAGAAAAUUUCAGGAAUGGUGGUGAACUUGGCGUUACUAGGGGAUCCCUGUGCUUGCCUUGCUAUCAUUCUUAGGCAUCAGAUUCACCCUCAGAGAGACUUAUGAGUUGCUUUGUUUUUGUUUCAAUGACAAAAUUGAGUCUGACAUUGUUAACAUGGAAUUGUGGGUGAUAAAAUAAAUCCUCUUGGGGUUC